CUGAUUUACACUGCAAAAUGUUUACCAAAAUCGUCGCCCUUAGCGCCUUAUUGGCUGCUGCCAACGCUGGCUUCCUGCCAGUACACCACGCCUCGGCUGUGUCGUCGCAAAGCAUCGUGCGUCAUGACACUCCUGUCCAUGGCUACUACUCCGCCCCCAUCCACCAUGCUCCCUUAGUCCACGCUGCCCCCCUCGUCCAUGCCGCCCCAAUCCACGCUGCCCCCAUUGUUCAUGCUGCCCCCAUCGUCCAUGCUGCCCCCGUGCACGCUGAAUACUCUCACCCAAAAUACGACUUCUCCUACUCCGUGGCUGACCCCCACACCGGUGACCACAAAUCCCAACACGAGAGCCGCGACGGUGGUGCAGUCCACGGCAGCUACUCUCUGGUUGAAGCUGACGGUUCCGUCCGUAAGGUUGACUACACCGCUGAUGACCACCACGGUUUCAACGCCGUAGUCCACAAAACCGCUGGCCACCACCCAGCCCCAGUUGUUCACGCUGCACCCAUCGUCCACGCAGCCCCCAUCGUACACGCUGCCCCCAUCGUACACGCUGCCCCCAUCGCAUACGCUCAUGGGCAUCACGGUCUCCACUACUAAACGACUAGGCUAUAUUGAUGUGCUCGUGUUGAAUGUAUGAUGGUUGUGAUAUUUAAGUGUAAAAAAU